CAAAAGAACAUUGAAGAAUAGCACUAACAUUAUUUACAUUUGUUGCUUCUUCUCUCACAAUCACAUGUUAUGUUAUGUUAUGUUUCUCUCUCUAACCUAACUCAACUCAAUGAAUGAGUGAGUAUGAGUUGAAACAACAAUAAAUCUCACAAAGUACUUGUUUUAAUUUCUAUUAAUCCUUAACUGUUCAUUCUCUGAUCUGUUUCUCAAUUAUUUCUCUUCAACCCACUCACCCAUCUUUGUUUCAACUCUUUGUCAGGGAAAAAUGCCUAUGUAUCAGCCUUCUAAAAGGGAUAUGGUAGUUGGGUAUGAGGGUGGUGGUGAUGGUCAGAUUCUAGAUCUGGACACAGCUGUUAAAGAUGGGGUUUUGGGUGGUGUUGAUUGUGGUGGUAUUGUAGGAACUGGUGUUGUUGGUGAGAAAUUAGAUCUGAGAAAAAUGAUUCAAGAGCUUGAGUUAUGUGAAGUACCAAGUGUUUUCAUUUGUCCAAUUUCUCUUGAACCAAUGCAAGACCCUGUUACUCUUUGCACUGGACAAACCUAUGAGAGGAACAACAUUCUCAAAUGGUUUAAUAUGGGACACUUUACUUGUCCUACAACUAUGCAAGAGCUUUGGGAUGAUUCCAUCACUCCAAACACAACACUUUAUAGGUUGAUAUAUACUUGGUUUUCUCAGAAGUAUCUGUUGAUGAAGAAGAGGUCCGAAGAUGUUCAAGGAAGAGCUUCUGAGCUUGUGGAGACACUCAAGAAGGUGAAGGGUCAAGCUAGAGUUCAUGCUUUGAAGGAGCUUCAUCAAGUUGUGUCUGUUCAUGCUACUGCAAGGAAGUCUGUGAUUGAUGGAGGUGGUGUUUCUGUUUUAUCUUCUUUACUUGGUCCUUUUACUUCACAUGCUGUUGGUUCUGAAGUUAUUGGUAUUCUUGUUAGUUUGACACUUGAUUCUGAAUCUAAGAAGAAUCUUAUGCAACCUGCUAAGAUUUCUUUGAUGGUUGAUAUCUUGAAUGAGGGUUCAAUUGAGACUAAAAUCAAUUGCACGCGGUUGAUUGAAACGUUAAUUGAAGAGAAAGAUUUUCGUUCCGAGAUUAUCUCCAGCCAUAGUUUAUUGGUUGGAUUGAUGAGGCUUGUUAAGGAUAAGAGACAUAGCAAUGGAAUCUGUCCUGGAUUAAGCCUUCUCAGAACAGUGUGCUUCUAUAAGGAAGUUAAGAUUUUGUUAGUUAGCAUUGGCGCUGUUUCUCAAUUAGUUGAAUUGUUGUCUGGUAUGGACCAUGAUUGUUUGGAAUUAGCCCUUUGUGUUUUGGAUUCGUUAUCGUCAAUACCCGAAGGCAGGGUAGCUUUGAAGGAAUGUGUUAACACAAUCCCUAUCAUGGUGAGACUUUUGAUGAGGAUAUCAGAAAGCUGUACUCAGUAUGCAUUGUCAAUUUUGUGGUCUGUUUGCAAGCUCGCGCCCGAGGAGUGUUCGUCGAUUGCCGUUGAUGCAGGGCUUGCAGCUAAGCUCCUUCUUGUGAUUCAAAGUGGUUGCAAUCCAAUAUUGAAACAACAAUCUGCUGAGCUUUUGAAACUAUGUAGUUUGAAUUAUUCAGAUACCAUCUUCAUUUCCAAGUGCAAGCUUACCAGAACCAUCCAAUGACACUGGAUUAAACUUGGUGGUGGUGCCAAUAAUUUUGUAAAUUCACAAGGGGCAAGAGUAGAAUUAAAGGUUAGCAGCUUCUCAAACCACAGAACAGAACUCCAAUAACUUCCAAAAUGUGAAAAUGGGAUUGAGGUGCAAGUCUCUCCUGUAAAUAUUUUUAAGUAUUUUGGUUCCAACAAUUAAUUUGAUGAAUGAAGAAGAAAUCAUAAUGUGGAAAUUGCACACCCUUGCUUCUGUUACAAUAAGCCCCAUCAUGAAGAUACUUGAAUUAUUUAUACUGCUUUUGGGGUUUGGUUAUAUGGAUGUAGAAGUCAUGCUGUUGUUGUUGUUGGAUAAAGAUACUUGUUAGGAGAGUGAUCAUCACAUAGCAAAGAUGGAGCUUGCAAUUUCAAUUGUAAUUGUUGAGGAGUUGCUUUGCUCCAAGCCCUUACUUUCAUUGUAUCUUCUUCCUCUUUGGAUCUUUUCAGAGGCCUCCAAUUUUCCAUUACAAAAAUACUGGAAAUUUUGCUUUUGAUCUCAAUCAUGUGUAGAGACAAUGGAGAGCCUCUGAAACCUUCAAUUUUUAUGUGUACAAUGGAAUUGGAAACAACUAUUUCAUUUUUCAUUUAAUUUAAUUUUUCUGCACUUCAACA